AUGAAAGUGGAUGGACAAAAGACUCUGUGCGAUAGAUCUGUUGCUUUCCCUGGUUCUGAUGGCUUGGUCUCAAAACUGUUUGACGCAGACAGAGGCGGCAACCAAAAAAGUGUGCCCAGAUUUGGACUGCUACUUUCGCUCGGCGUGGUAGAUAUGUUUUUUAUCAAUUUGUCCUACGUAGCUAUGUUGCAAGAGGUUGCUCACCGGUGCUGCCUACCUUAUGUAUCCUAUAUACAUGAGGUGGUACAGGAUGGGAAAGAUAUAUACGGUAUAGAGGUUGAAUUGACCCCCGGUAUGGUCCAGGGAGCCUCAACAACACUCUUUUUCUGGGCUGAACCUGCUGUGGAUCCUGCCGUGGCCUACGAAGUAACAGCAUUGCAGGCUCUUGUAGUUCUACAGGGGAUAUAUGGAUUUGUUCUUCUUGAUUAUAGUGUCCAUGGGCUUCAAUUAUAUAGGGAUCUAGCUCGCCAUCUAUUCUGCAUUGCAAAUAGAGGAGCUCAGCUUGCUAGGUUGGUCGUUGCAGCGCCCAGCGACGAUGUUAGACCGUUGUCGGCUGUUACAGCAUUCGCGCAACUGGUGUUAGAUGAACUCAUCGUGCUGUCGCGCGAUUGA